GUGGAGCUGGACUGGUGGCGUUCCAAGCUUUCUUCUCGGACUCGAGCGACCAAUCGUCUGAAGACAUGAGUUUCCCCAACACGUCUGCUCCCAUCGUGUUCCCGCACGUCCCCCUCAACGUCAUCGACGCCUACGAUAGCCAAACCGGCAAGUUUACGGUGCCCAAAGAGAACAUUUACCUCCUGGCCACCCGGGUGUCCACAGCUUUCGGGAGCGGGUCCGCCAUCUUUUCCAUUUACCGCAAUGAACAAGUCCUCGCCAAAGCGGAAACUCACUCUCUCCGUCAAGAGCCUGAUGGAGUGACCGCAGUGGCCAUUGCCAGACUGGAGAGAGGUGAAGUGGUGGAGGUCAGGUCGGAGCUGACCAGCUCGGCGCGGAUCUACCGGGGUUCGAACACCUGGUUCCUGGCCAUCUCUCUCAACCCCAGCAUGAAGGACUCUACACCUAUCGCCGUUGCUUAG